CCCCUGCUGCUCCUUGGGAUUAUUGUCCUUCGCUAACACCAAAAGCCACAUUGACCGCAGAUGAAUUGAUAAGGAGCAACAAGCAAGCAGGCGCAUUUCCAGCCUGGGGUGCUGUUGCGGCAGGUGCCCCUCUGCAGAACGCGGAUUGGAUCGGGGCAGUCGGGGAAGGAGGCACCCACAGAAGACGGAUGCCGAUGGGUGUGGCUUUCUCGUCUCUAAUUGGCUUAUUCAGUGACCUGCCUCAGGCCAAGAUCCUCCCUCACCCUCCAACGUAUUUAUCUCCAGCCUCACCCACUUUGCACGUGUUCACCCUCUUCCUCCGCCGCGUGACCAGAGCUUCCCGCCGUCGCUCCCCCCAAACCGACAAGCCAACUCAACCGGCCCUCUUCCAGUCCGUUUUAUCCUCUGGAAGUAAUAAGAAUAAACGCAAGCCUUCGCACAGGCUGUCGCAAACUUCAAGACUCGCCAUUUGUGAAAAAAUUCGACGCGUUUUCUCGAAAUUUCUUCCGCCACUCAACCAUCGACUGCUUGUAACUGGACGGGCUCCAUCCGUCGAGGACCCCCCCAGCUACCCGCUGCCGCGCGAUAUCACGAGUUUGAUCACGCCGAACACGUGAACUCCAGCAAAACCCGUGAUCUGGCACUCACCGCCCAGACCACGCCGCACAGCACAUGAUCUCAAGUCCUACGAUCCAUCUUGGUGGCUCUGACUUGUGCUCAAUUCAAGGCAUCGAAAACUAUUCAAGGCACAGUUCGACGCUCCGCUUCUGAUCUAGUUUCUGAUCCAACAUCAACCCCCGCCACCGCAACGAUGACGGAUGUUAUGGCCGAUCACCCAGACCUCUCUGAACUGGCUGGCUCGCCCUCUCCAGGCCAAAAACGGAAGCGCGACGAUAUGUCGGAGUCGAAUAGCCCUGGCCGGGCGAAGCGAGCCAGCGCUGGACUCUCGGAUGCCGACACCGCCGCCUUCAUUGAGAACGCCGUUGAAGCUGCCCACGCUGCCGCCGCUAAUGGGGUGAACGUGGCCGACUUCAGCGCCCUUCAGCAAGCUGCAGCCGCCGUAAACUCAGAGGCUGCUGACCCGGCCAACGCCUCCAGCACGGCUGCCGCUGCCUUGGGAUCCAUGUAUCCUACUCUCCACGUCCCGCCUACUACGGAAGAGCAGUUCGCUGCCCAGACAAGUGAUGAGCCGAACCAUGGCCAAGACCAUACCUUCGGCCACGCUGAUCUGAGCCCGUCCGAUGGACUCCCGGCUCUUCCUACUAUACCUCAACCCACGAAUGGCGUCCAGUCUGUUCAGUCCCAGCAAACCCAUCAAACUCAUCAGCAGCACCAGCAGCACCAGCAGCACCAGCAACAUCAGCCCCCACAGCCCCAGCACCGAUAUUCAUCUGGAUCUGCUGGCACUCCCGCUAAGAAGCCGGAUGUCGGUUCAGAGGAAUGGCACAAGAUGCGCAAGGACAACCACAAAGAAGUGGAGCGUCGUCGCCGCGAGACCAUUAAUGAAGGCAUUAAUGAGCUGGCCAAGAUUGUUCCCAACUGCGAGAAGAACAAAGGCUCCAUCCUCCAGCGUGCCGUCACAUUCAUCAACCAACUCAAGGAGAAUGAGACGCAGAACAUUGAGAAGUGGACCCUGGAGAAGCUGCUUACGGAGCAAGCUAUAGCAGAGCUCAGUGCCUCCAACGACAAGCUCAAGCAGGAGUGUGAACGCCUCUACAAGGAGUUGGAGACAUGGAAGCGAGUCGCACAAAAUGCUGGUCUCUCAUACCCGCAGGCAAACAAGGAGGAGCCUGCCGCAACGACUUAGAAGGUCUCACCACAGGCCCAGGCCCCUUCUUAUGUGGAUGGCAUGGACCAGGUCGUUACCCAACCUCGUUUUCCAAUCGACCAGAUGAACGGCCACUACAGUGUGCAGCAUCGCGCUUCGGCUGCGCCCAAUUUCGCCCGUCGACCUCAGACUCCAGUUUCCAGCGCUGUCGGAGCACCACCCAUGUCGUCGCUAACUUCUGAGACCUACCAGACCCAUGCUCGGGCCCAGGAUCUCGGUCAACUCAGCCCUUCAACUUUCUUGCUUUCACUCUAUACCCCCAGUCAGCAGUAGGCUGCGUUUUGAUGUUUUCAUUCGGAUUAAUAAAGCACUUUGCAGACAGAUUAUAGUCUAUAACCAACAAUGCUCUCUAGCUCUUGUCUGUUUUCUUCCGCCCUUGUGUGUAUACAUGGAUUAGUCUCAGUGUCGAAGGGGCUUCGGCAUGGAUUUGUAGGAUUUUAGGCUCUCAAUGGACUCCACCUACAUACAGCCAAGGUGUGCUGAGGAUAGAGUUGGCCGUAACUAAACAAUGACACUUUGAUGGAGGCCACGGUAGCCUUACAAUGUCCUUGCGUGGAUGUGUCUACGAUGAGCUAAAGGGUUUUGUGGUUGCCAGCUAAAGAAGUUCUUGCCGUCGUUUGUGAUCUAUCCUUUAUCGGCAACAGGC